GGUUCAAAGUUCAAACUAAGACAUGGCUUCUUUUUGUUUCAAGCAAAAUUUCAAGUUUCUCUUUUAUUUUUCUCUCUUGUGUGUUUUCUUUUUUCUACUUCCUUUACUUUUUCACUCCUUGAAACCAUUCCUUAUGCAAUUUUUCAGCAACAUCAUUGACAAGAGUUACAUGUUCCUUCUCAGCAAUACACUUCUUGGUUUUAUAGCAUUUUAUUCUAGUACAAUCAAUUCAUCUUCAUCAACAACUUACCAAAGUAUUGAAUAUGUUAUCGAAAGCGAGACGAGUAGUCGAUUCGAAUUAUAUGAAUCAGAAUCAGAUGUUGCAGAACCAAUUGCUGUUGAUAACUUUAUGGAAAAUGAAUCCCAAACAGAAGAAGAAAAUAGUUUGAUGAUAGUGGAACCAGAAAAUGUGAUUAUAGAUUUAGAAGAAGAUGAAGAAGACGAAAAUGCCCUUAUGAUAAUUGAUGAAUAUGACACAGAGGAAUUAAACAAGAAAUGUGAGGAUUUUAUAAAAAAGAUGAAAGCUGCAUUCUGUUCUGAUUCAAGAGCUGAGAAAAGUUUUUAUUUUGAUUAUUAUCAGAAUCAGAAAUCACUUGUGCUUGUUAAUUAAUUGAGUACCAAUGGAAUCUUUAUCAGAAAAAUAAUAUCUUAGACUUAUCUUUUAAGCUAACAAAUCAGAUUUUUCAUUUUUGCUUGUAGGAAUUAAAUGUUUUUUUCCUACAUGAUUCUGUUUGUUCUGUUUUAUUUUUAUUUUGUGUAAAUAAGCUCUUCCAUAGUUAGAUUUUAGAUUCGGACUCGAGACAUGGAAUCCAACUAAUAAUAUUAGCAUAUGUCAAUUGAACUAGAUCUCACGUAAUAUGUUAUAUUUUAUUUACAAAUUACAAAGUAAUAAAUGAAAAUAUGUGGUACUAUUUUGUUUU